AUGAUGCUAUGCUGCCCAUUUUGUUUCCUCCCAGGAGCAGUUGUGCUCCGAGAGGGAGCCUCCAAGGAGAUAGAGAUGCUGUGUACUAAUGUCUCCAAGGAACAGAGAGUCUGCGAGUUCUUGGAGCACUAUAAGCAAAUCUACCUCUCCCUGACCUACAGUAUCAUCCUCGGGCUAGGGCUGUCCCUGAAUGGCACGGUCUUGUGGCUCUCCUGGCGCCAAACCGAGCACUGGAGCUGUGCCACCAUCUAUCUGGUGAACCUGAUGGUAGCUGACCUGCUUUAUGUGCUGACGCUGCCCCUCCCCAUCAACACCUACUCCCUGGGUGACAGGUGGCCCUUCGGGGAGCUGCUGUGCAGGCUGGUGCACUUCCUGUUCCACGCUAACCUCUACAGCAGCAACCUGCUACUGACCUGCAUCUCUGUGUACCGCUUCCUGGGCGUGUGCCACCCGCUGUGCUCACUGCCCUCCCAAGCCACCACCUGGGCUCUGGUGGUCCUCCAGCUACUGCCCACCCUGUUCUUCUCCCACACAGACUACAUCGACAGCCAAAUGGUCUGUGACAACAUGACCGGCCCAGAGAAUUUUGAACAGUAUUUUGCCUACGGCAUGGUUCUGACAUUGUCUGGCUUCAUCUUUCCCUCCUUGGUCAUCUUGGUGUGCUACUCGCUGAUGGUGAGAAGCCUGACCAAGCCAGGAGACACCCUCAUGAGGACAGACAAUGCAGCCCGGGCCAAGUCCAUCCGGACCAUCUUGCUGGUGUGCGGCCUCUUCACCCUCUGCUUUGUGCCCUUCCACAUCACACGCUCCUUCUACCUCACACUCUACUUCCUAUCUUCACAGGACUGCCAGCUCUCAAUGGUGGCCAGCUUGGCCUAUAAGAUAUGGAGGCCUCUGUUGAGCAUGAGCAGCUGCCUCAACCCAAUCCUGUACUUUCUAUCAGUUGGGAACAACAGAGUCAGGCUCUUCCAGGAACUCAGGCAUAAUAAGGUGGGUGAGCACCCAGCCGGAGCCAAGGGAGAGAGACCCAGGGAUAGACAGAUCUGGGUACUGACAAGAUGA